ACACGUAUGUCCUGUUAUUAGAUUAUAUGUUCUAGUUCUACAGAAAAUAUCAGGAAACAAUGCAUUAACAAAAGCAUACGGUAAACUAUUCUUGGCCUGAAAGAAAAACGUAAUAAAAACAUCUAGGGAAUUUCAACCUCCUUCCAAUCUGAUCGCCAGUAUAAAUCUCAUAUAAUUUCAACCUCCUUGUUGCAAUCUGAUCGCUAGUAUAAUUAAAAUAAGGCACUUAGCGUGUUCCUCACGUGUAUAUAAUCUCAAACUAAUCAGCUGGCAUGAAUGGUACUGGUAGUAAGUACUGUUCUGAAGAAAUUAUGACUGUUCUGAAGAACUGAAGAAUAACUGGAAGCAUCUCGGGUAGACUGAAUAAUUUGAGACCAGAAAUAGUAAUUGUGCACCUGCCUUCACGCAACCGUCAAUGCAACCUACUAGAAAAUAUCUGUCUUUUCCACUGUAGAACUUGUAAGCAUGUGGAAAGUUCGGCCUGACAAGAAGAGUAAGACAAGGGCAUACUUUCAAACAUCCACAAAUCACUAUGCGUCCAGCAAGGAGUAAGACAAGCGCACAGACAAGGACCAAUGCUCGUGGAGCAGCCAACUGCCAUGAUUGACCAGUUCAAAGCUGCCUACUGUUACACCACAUGAUGGUCAUGAUGACCAAUGGAGUGUCAAGUCAAGUCAACGAAGACUCUAAAAAUCAGGAGGCGAUAAGUUUGCCAUCAUAUGUAAGAACCGAGCCACAAAUCAAAUGAACCAUGGCACCUCUCCUCUUGUCCUUGCUCCUGCUGCUGUCCUCUACUUCUCUUCAAGCUCAACAGAACAUAACCUUAGGCUCCUUCUUGGUACCCGAAGGGCCCAACAGAUUUUGGCUCUCACCGUCCGGCGACUUCGCGUUCGGCUUCCGGGCAAUUGAGGGUAACGCCUCCACCUAUCUGCUCGCUAUCUGGUUCGACAAGACCAGUGAUAAGACAGUGGCUUGGUAUGCCAAGAGUACUGGUGCAGAUCCAGCGCUGCUACAAGUUUCAUCCGGUUCACGCCUGCAGCUCAACUCCUAUGGGGCGCUCUCACUCCAGGAUCCCACGGGCACAGAGGUAUGGAAUCCUCAAGUUGUGGGUGCAGCCUAUGCUGCCAUGCUCGAUGCUGGAAAUUUUGUACUUGUUGCUGCAGAUGAAUCUACCAAAUGGGAGAGCUUCAAACACCCUGCAGAUACCAUCCUGCUUUCUCAGGUGCUCACCCCAGGAAUGAAUCUCCGCAGCCGUAUCAUCCCCACAGACUACUCCAAUGGCCGGUUCCUCCUUGACCUGCAAAGUAUCGGUGUUUUUCUUUAUACUGUUGCUGUUCCCUCCGGUAAACAAUAUGAUCCCUAUUGGUCAAUGCCUGUGAACAUUACAAAUGUGGUGUUCAAUGCGACUGGCGUGGUAUACAUCACCUUGGAUAACAGGACACAAAUUAGUAUGACAUCUGGGGUCACCGGCUCCAUGGCAGACUACUACCACCGUGCUACACUUGACCCAGAUGGUGUGUUCAGGCAAUAUCGGUACCCAAAGAAGGUCAGCAACCUGAGUAGUCAGGCAUGGGCAGUAGUGGACUUCAAGCCCCCAAAUAUCUGUGAAGCACGACUGACAAAUGAUGGAAGCGGUAUUUGCGGGUUUAAUAGUUACUGCAUGUUCAAUGGCACAAACAACCAGAGUAUUUGCAUAUGUCCAGAGCAGUACUCAUUUAUUGAUGAGGAGAGGCAGUAUAAAGGCUGCAAACCUGAUUUUGAACCACAAAGUUGUGAUUUGGAUGAAGCAGCUGCCAAGAUGCAGUUUAAGUUGGUAGUGAUGAGCCGUGUGGAUUGGCCUCUAGCUGACUAUGAGCAGUAUGCCCCCAUAACUAAGGAUCAGUGCCAGCAACUCUGUCUAACAGAUUGUUUCUGUGCUGUUGCCGUCUUCCAUGAUCAAGAUAAUACAUGUUGGAAGAAGAAGAUGCCUUUGUCAAAUGGCAAAAUGGGGGAUGAUGUGGAGAGGACACUUUUCGUCAAGGUACGAAAGAACAGUACACAGUCUGAGCUUGUUGGUUCAAACAAAUGGAAGAAAGACAAGAAGUACUGGAUCAUUGGAAGUUCACUAUUUCUGGGAAGCUCUGUACUGAUUAACGUUCUGCUCCUAUCUGUUAUAUUUUUUGGUACUUACUGUACUAUCACCAUAAAGGAAGCCCCAUCCCUGCAGUCAUCAAACAAAAUAGGAUUGCCCUUGAAAGCCUUCACUUAUAUUGAGCUUGAGAAGGCAACCAGUGGAUUCCGGGAAGUGCUUGGCACUGGUGCCUCCGGGAUUGUGUACAAGGGCCAGCUACAAGAUGAUCUCGGUACUGAGAUUGCUGUUAAGAAAAUUGACAAGCUUGAGCAUGAAACAGAGAAGGAGUUCAGUGUUGAAGUCCAAACUAUUGGACAGACCCACCAUAAGAACUUGGUUAGGUUGCUAGGUUUCUGCAAUGAAGGAAAAGAAAGGCUAUUGGUGUAUGAAUUCAUGAACAAUGGAUCACUCAAUCAAUUUCUAUUUGGUGAUGCCAGGCUUGAGUGGAACCUUCGAGCUCAGCUUGCUCUUGGAGUGGCAAAGGGGCUGCUAUACUUACAUGAGGAAUGCAGCACACAGAUUAUCCAUUGUGACAUAAAGCCCCAGAACAUCCUUCUCGAUAGCAACUUCACAGCAAAGAUCUCAGACUUCGGCUUAGCUAAACUUCUCCGAACAAACCAGACACAAACAAAUACAGGUAUCCGGGGUACCCGAGGAUAUGUAGCCCCUGAGUGGUUCAAAAACAUCGGUAUCACGGCCAAGGUGGAUGUGUACAGCUUUGGGGUCAUCCUGUUGGAGCUCAUCUGUUGUCGGCGGAAUGUUGAGUUGGAGGCUGCGGAAGAUAAAAAAAUACUGACUGACUGGGCAAAUGACUGUUAUAGUUGUGGCAGGGUUGAUUUUCUAGUGGAGGGUGAUGAUGAAGCACUUCUCAAUUUGACGAAGGUGGAAAGGUUUGUGGCAGUGGCAUUGUGGUGCCUUCAGGAGGACCCAACUAUUAGACCUACAAUGCUCAAAGUGACACAAAUGCUUGAUGAAGCAGCUGCAGUCCCCACUCCUCCUCAUCCUUCUUCCUUUAUCAGUUCACUUCCAUAGUAUGGUUCCUGCAUAUUUUAACAUUAUUAUAUGUGUCAACCAACAUAAUGGUGUCAGAAAUUAGAUAUAGUUACCUACUGAAGAAAAAGAUACAUACUGAAAGUUAUUGCCGCAAAUAUUGCUGCAAUGAUGUUCACAUGUACUGUAAAGAGCACUCUGUAUUAUCUGUAGUAAUGGGCUGGAGUAGCUGUUAGGAAGGCAUCACCAUUCCAACAAGAAUAUCAGUUUCCUGACAUAAAUUAUUUUGCUUGAAUAGAAAAUAGUUGUGUGGGGUAUCUCA